AUGGCUACAGACGUACCUAUGGGCCAAUGCUCCGAGUGCCGCGACGACGCGCUGUACUUGGACCGCGUCCUGCUCGAGCACUUUGCGCUGCGCGUGUGCGUCGCGUGCAAACAGCUCGCGACGCAGCGCGACGGCGCGUUCGAGUUGCUCUCCAAGGCGCGCGCCCAGACAGAGUACGCGCUGCCGGCCUCGUCGUUCCAGGGACUGCCCUGUGUGACAAAGCCGAACCCGCGCCACGCGUCGUUUGCGCCGCUGCGGCUGUACCUGCGGCGGACCGUCGCGCAAGAAGCGCACCGCUUGUACCGCGACGCAGACGGACUGGAGCAGGAGAAGCACAGGCGCCGGCAACGCGCGUUCGCGGCGGCGGCCCAGCGGACGAAACAGCUGUUGGCGCGCGCGCGUCGGAGCGAGAUGGACAGUGUACAGGAAAGCGACUGCUGCAAUGCGACACAGCAGAAGAAGCAGAAGAAGAGGGCGACGGGCGCAGUGGGGACGGGGGACAGCGACCAUCGACACGAGUUCAGCGUCGAGCGGUAUCACAAGGAGACCGCGAGCUGGACGAAACACUGUGCGUGUGGUGUGCACGUGCAGUUUGAAAAGUGGUGA